CAUCACGCUGCGUUUGAACAUGAUAAAAUGAACGCUGUCUUUGCCAUCGGAUCCAAUGGCUCAGGCCAGCUCGGCAUAGGUCACAAGGAGGAUGUGUCGGUUCCUAAGCCAGUCCUGUUCCAUCCUUCACAACCAAACUCACCUAUCGUCAAAAUCGCUGCGGGAGGAAACCACACACUCAUCCUGUCCAAAGGAGGAGAGGUGUAUUGGAGUGGCGAUAGCACAAGCGGAGCUUGUGGAAUCGGACCUCGAACGAAUCUACCUGCUUUCUUGGAAAUCAAGCUGGUCAGGGAUGGCGAGCCGGGCAUUGGCGAGAUCUCACUGAUUGCUGCUACAUGGGAAGCUUCCAUCUUCGUCGCUAAAGAUGCAAAAGGCAAGAACACGGCAGUCUUCACAUGCGGUGUCGGUUCGAAGGGGGAGCUUGGUGCGGGUGAGAUGAUGGUUCGGACCCCAACCGCCACGCGUUUGACAGGCUUUCCACCACCCAACACAGAAAUCGUCGAUUUGCAUGCUUGCAUGGGCCAUGUUGUCGCUGUUCUGGACAAUGGAGAUGCAUACGGCUGGGGCAACUGCCGCAAAGGUCAGACUGGACAGCCUGCGGCCGUUCUAUACGCCUCUCGCAAGAUUGAAGACGUAGGCUUCCCAGUGCGCAGGGCCGUGUGCUGCAAGGAGGCAACCUGUCUUUUUGGCGAUCCUGCCAAAGGGGAUUUCAAGGUGAUGGGGUCAGACAAGUGGUCGUUGCAGUCGUCCGCGCCCGUCACCGCUCCGGACUGGAUCGACGUAGGCGCGAGCUGGGGGAACAUCUACAUUCUCACCAGACAAGGGAAACUCGAAGCGUGGGGCCGUGAUGAUCACGGUCAGUUGCCUCCGCCGGACCUACCGAGACUUGCACAGAUAGCUGUCGGGAGCGAACAUGUCGUUGCGCUCGCUGACACUGGCGACGUCCUUUCUUGGGGAUGGGGCGAGCACGGCAAUUGCGGUCCCAAGGUCGAGGAUAACAUUGUCAAGGGACGUUUUAAUGUCAUUGCGUCGUCAAAAUUCAUACCAAAUGGCUCUGCUGUGGAAGCCAUUGGGGCAGGAUGUGCAACUAGCUGGGUAUAUAUCGCGGAGGCGGGCAAUCCUGCUUAACAACACUUCUCAUCCGGUAUCCCAGCAUCAUGAUCGCAUCAGUCAGGGAACAAAGCCAGAUUCUGGACCUCCGACAUGUUCUGGGUCGGCUCAAGGGCCUGCGACUCGAGAUUUGCGUUUGCGGCGUCUUCGGCAUUCGCGUCGGGGGCUGGCUGAGCGGUUUGAUCCAUCAUACUCUUUAUUCGCAACUCGGCCGGGUUCUGGCAAGUUAGCGAGAGGCACUAAGGCUGGAAACCGACUCACCGUUUCAGCACUGUGAUCCCAUUCCAACCUGGCGUUAUCUUCCUCUUCAUCUUCGUCUCUCAUUGGCUCCCAGCUUUCGUCAUCUACGAAGAGGCUUUCCGAGUUGUGCGUCGCUGGUGGGGGUG